AAUAUAUAUGAACCAAUAGGAGCCAAGGGUCAAAACCUGAAAAAUUAAAUACAGACUGAUUCAAUCUUAUAUAUAAGGCCACUAUCAAUGCUUUGAGAAGCCGUCUCUGGUCAUAUAUUCAAAGCAAGAGCACAAGAAUAGAAUUAUUCUUUGACCGAUCAAUUUUACCGCUGGCCGGCACCGCCAGACUUCUUCAAACUCAUCAAGCUAAGUAAUCUUCUCAUCCCCCAGUUCCUCAAACAUGGAUAAUCAUUCCGAUUUUUCGAGUUCUUACAGAAUCUCGUAGUUUAGCUUCUAUCAAAAUAUGAUUUGGGCUAGCUCCAUUUCUUCCAUCCUUUUCGCACUAGUUAUUUUUCUCCUUGUUGCUCGUUUUCUCCGCAGAACUUCGGUUCUGUACAUUCUUAGGCAAUCGUGGAUUUCCUUCGAAAACCGUCUUCAUGUGUACCAGUCCUUCAAAAUCCCACUGUACAAUGAGCAUUUCCAGGAAAAUCAACUUUACCGCCAAAUCCUCUCGUACCUUAAUUCAUUACCUUCCGUAGAAGAUUCUGAUUACACAAACCUCUUUUCCGGUUCCAAUCCCAGUGAAAUUUUCCUUCACCUCGAUGCUAACCAGACGGUUCACGAUUCCUUCCUCGGCGCGAAAGUUUCCUGGACGAACAGGAAAUCCGAAGGAGACGCGAAUUCAGCAAUGGUUCUCAGAAUUAAAAAGAAAGACAAACGCAGAAUCUUCCGCCCUUAUUUCCAGCACAUUCUCACGGUAGCGGAUGAAGUUGAGAAAAGAAGAAAAGAUGUCAAACUUCACAUGAAUUCUGAUAGAGAUGCUAACUCGCGGUGGCGAUCGGUUCCAUUCACCCACCCGGCGAGCUUCGACUCGAUAGCGAUGGACGCCGAGCUAAAGAACAAGGUGAAGUCCGAUCUCGAACAGUUUAUGAAGUCGAAGCAGUACUAUCAUCGAUUAGGUCGUGUUUGGAAACGGAGUUAUCUCCUCUACGGUGCAUCCGGGACAGGGAAAUCCAGUUUCAUCGCCGCAAUGGCCAAAUUUCUCUGUUACGACGUCUAUGACAUCGAUAUCUCCAAGGCUUCGAACGACUCCGACUUGAAGACUCUUUUGUUACAGACAACAAGUAGGUCCGUGAUCGUCAUCGAGGAUCUCGAUCGAUUCUUGACAGGGAAAUCAACGGACGCGAACUUGCCAGGUGUACUGAGCUUCAUGGACGGGAUUGUAUCGUGCUGCGGGGAAGAACGCGUGAUGGUUUUCACAAUGAACGUGAAGGACGAGAUUGAUCCAACGGUGAUGAGGCCAGGGAGGAUCGAUGUUCACAUACACUUCCCGUUAUGCGAUUUCUCCACCUUCAAGAUUUUAGCGAGCAGUUAUCUGGGGGUGAAGGAGCACAAGCUUUUCCCGCAGGUGGAGGAGGUUUUCCAGACGGGGGCGAGACUGAGCCCGGCCGAGAUCGGCGAGAUUAUGAUAUCGAAUCGGAGUUCGCCAAGCCGGGCUUUGAAAACUGUCAUCACGGCGUUGCAAAGCGAUGGGAGGAGGGGACGGAAGUUAAGUGAAAGUGGGUCGGGUCGGAAUAGCGUGGAUUUGGGCGAACCCGAUGGGCUUUACUGUAGAGAGAGUGUUCACACGGUGAGGGAGUUUCGCAAGUUGUACGGACUCCUUCGGUUCGGCAGCAGGAGGAAAGAGGAGAAUCUGCCUUCGGGGCCCACGGAAAAGGAUGCUUCACAAGCAGAAGCAUAAAACUUGUUUGGGUCGGAUCAAAUGUAUGUCCGAAUCAAGAAGUUAUUUACUGUACUCUUUUCCUCCCUCUUUUCCCAUCUUACGAAAGGACUGUUUGCUGAAAAGAGCAAUUAUAUUUUAGACUCUUUUUUUUUUUUUUUGAAAUGGUAAAUGAUGGAACAUUCUUUUUCCUUGCUUGACGAGUUCAGAAUGCUCAAUUGUUUCUUUAUGAAGAAGAUAUUUCAG